UCUCUUCCUGGUUUGGGCCUACAACCUCAAAACCACAGGUUGAUGAAAUUCGAAACCGCGUAGGAAGUGGGAAGGGGAUUUUACUGCCCUCAGGCCUCAGUAUAACAAUAACAUGUAGUGCAGCCACCUGAAAAUUUUGUCCAACAGGAACUGAUAAAUCAUUCUCGUCUCUCUUCCUCAAUAUUCUCUAGGGUUUCGUUGCUCUCAUUUCGACGUUUACACGCCGGAGAUCGAAACCGAUCGGAUUUCUCCGAUCAGCUCAUUGUAUUGCGCGAUGAAUAUUUAUUUGUAGCGCCUCUACGGAGCUCGCUCGAGUUCGCGAUGUCGAUUUUUGAAGAACCAAAACGGUGCUUCCGGCGGUCGAUUCAAGGAUCGGUGUUUUCCUCGGUCUAGUCCGUUUGUGAAGGUUUGACUCGCUUACGUAACCGGCGACACAAUCGUGAAUCGCCUACCUUAAGGUCGGUUUCCCAAACUGGUUGGCGAGGCAACGCGGAGAUUUUUGGACUUCACUUCUGGUAGAUCCGCUUGAAAGAAUCUGUAUGUGGAUUGAUUUGAUUUGCCGCUGAGGCUUCACCGGCUUAAGAGCUACGAGAUUGAUCGGACUUUGCGGCAAUCUGUUCGUGUUGUCCGUUGCAGGGAUUUGGUUUGACUGAUCAUCUUGAGUUACUGAAGAAAAAAGGAGAAAUUAUUUUCAGAUUUUUUGUACUUAUUAUCAAUUUUUGGUUUGAGUUUAAUACCAGGCCUAUAUAUAUUUUUUCCUUUUUUAGGCCUUCCUUUGUUGUUUUAUUGUUGAUUUCCUGUUGAGGGGAAAAAGGAAUUUAAAGAAAAAAAAAUAUGGCCGUUUAUUUUAAAUUUAAAAGUGCAAAGGAUUAUGAUUCAAUUCCAAUUGACAGUCAUUUUAUUGCUGUUGGAAAUUUGAAAGAAAAAAUAUUCGAAUCCAAGCAUUUGGGCAGGGGUACAGAUUUUGACCUAGUUGUCACCAACGCCCAGACUAAUGAAGGUUGGUUAGCUUUCAUCAAUGAAUACCUUGAUGAAGAUACAUUGAUUCCAAAAAAUACUAGUGUGUUGAUUCGCCGAGUUCCUGGCCGACCUCGCAUGCCUAUAGUUACUGCACCGAUUACUGAACUAGAAGAGACUGUUGUCGAAAAUAAGCUUGAGGAGGAUCAAACAGUAAAAGUUGGUUUUGUGGGAGUAGAGACUUCUGCUGCUAAAUAUCCUGAAGACUUGGAGUGGGAUGAAUUUGGGACUGAUUUGUAUGCAACUCCUGAAGUUAUGACUGUUCAGUCAAGUAAUCCUGUGCAAGAGGUUUCCCCUCCAAGCAAAGCUGAUGAGGAGAGCAAAAUUAAGGCUUUAAUCGACACACCAGCCUUGGAUUGGCAGAGUCAAUCUGCUGAUGGAUUUGGUGCUGGUAGAGGUUAUGGACGUGGUCCGGGUGGGCGAAUGAUGGGUGGGCGUGGUUUUGGUCGAGGUGGAUUUGAGCGGAAAACACCACCACCUGGUUAUGUAUGUUAUAGGUGCAAGGUGGCUGGGCAUUUUAUUCAACAUUGUCCAACAAAUGGUGACCCAAAUUUUGACAUUAAGAGGGUGAAGCCUCCAACUGGUAUUCCAAAAUCUAUGUUAAUGGCUACUCCAGAUGGGUCAUAUGCAUUACCUAGUGGUGCUAAUGCCGUUUUGAAGCCAAAUGAGGCUGCCUUUGAAAGGGCUGUUGAGGCUAUGCCUUCUACGCGUUUAGUGGGUGAACUUCCCCCGGAACUUCAUUGUCCUUUGUGUAAAGAAGUGAUGAAAGAUGCAGUGCUUACAAGCAAAUGUUGUUUUAAUAGUUUCUGUGACAAAUGUGUAAGGGAUUAUAUCAUUUCCAAGUCCAUGUGUGUGUGUGGGGCCACGAACAUACUUGCAGAUGACCUCUUGCCCAAUAAGACACUUAGAGACACCAUCAACCGAAUUCUGGAGUCCAAUAACAGCAGUGAACACAGGGGUAGUGCCCUUCAUGUUCAAGAUAUGGAGUCAGCUCGCAAUCCUAUGCCUAAGAAUCCAUCUCCUUCACAAUCUGCAGCUUCAAGGGGAGAGAAAGUUCCCCAACCACUUCCUCAGAAAGAAGAGACUUCUAGGGUACCGGAGACUGCAGGAGAAACUUCAAAGGCAGACAAAAUAUCCCAGCCACUUCCCCAGAAGGAAGAGACUCUAAGGGCACCAGAGAAAGUGGAAGAAGUUAAAUUGGAAACUGCUCCACUGCAAUUGUUGGAGAAAGGAAAGAUGCCAAAAAUGGGGGAUAUUUCUGAACCUACACAUGAGUCAUUUAGCUUGAAGGAACCAGCUUCUCAGGGAAGUGCUCUGCCUGUUGAUGAAGAAGUGCAGCAGAAGCCAGCUGCUGCGGCUGCAGCUGACGCAGCAAAAAGGAAGAAAAAGAGAAAACCACGUAUGCCUUUUCCUGCAUCAGAGAUGCAGUGGAGGCCACCCAUGGACCUUGCUGCAGAGAAUUAUAUGAUGCCUAUGGGUCCUGGCUAUAAUCCAUAUUGGACAGGCAUGCAACCUGGAAUGGAAGGAUUUGGAGGCCCCUUUCCGGCUCCAAUGCCAUAUAUGAAUUAUGGAAUGGAAGGAUUUGGAGGCCCCUUUCCGGCUCCAUUUGGUCAUAUGAUGCCACAGGAUCCUUUUGGAGGACAGGGUUGCAUGUUACCUUUUGUUCCCCCACAGAGGGAUCUUGCUAACUUUGGGACGGGUUUUGAUGCUGGGCCUCCAAUGAUGAGUAGAGAAGCAUUUGAAGCUAGAAAGUCUGGUUUGAAGAGGAAGCAUGAGAAUGAGAGACAUGGAGAGAGGGAACCAAGGGAUGGUAGGGAAUUUUCUAGAGAAGUUGGAAGCAGCUGUGACAUUUCGUCAAAGAAACCCAAAUCUAACUCGCAGAGGCCUCUCCCACCGCCAAGCUCCUCCGAUCAUCAUCUGCGCCACCGUUCAGAGAGGCCAUCCCCAGACCGCCGUUCUCGUGACCCUGAACUUCCCCGCCCCUCCAAGAAAAAGUAUGAUGAUUAUGAAGACUAUCACCGACGGGAUAGAGACUACCAGGAUGACCGCCAUCGCCGGCGUGAGACUCGCGACCACCAUGAGCGCGAGCGCGACCUCGACCGCCACGGCCGUUCAAAGCCAUCCUCAACCUCUGCUAGACCACCCUCCGGCGGCGCUCCAGCUGAACCCCCAACGGCAGCAUCCAAAGAAUCCGCGGCGGACAAAAAGAAUAAAGCGAGUGUGUUCUCCCGCAUUAGCUUCCCCGAGGGGGAGGCGGCGAAGAAACAGAAAAGUUCAUCCUCCACGGAAGCGCCGCCGGCUAGUGGUUCCCUUAGCCAGCGCGGCGGAGGAGGACCUACUGUUGUCGAACAGCAUAAGGCAUCAUCUGGUGUAAGGAAGAGUGGCACUGCUGGUGAUGACUACGAGAGCAGCGACGACGAACGCCAUUUCAAGAGACGGCCGUCAAGGUAUGAGUCGCCGCCGCCUCCGCGGGCUGAGUUUGAGGAAGAAGCAACGGCUCGACAUUCAAAAGGGUGGAGGGAGAGAGACCGAGACCGGGAGCGCGAGCACCGGAGCAGUUAUAGCAACAAGCACAAGUAGCUUAGGAGGAGGAAUGGCUAAUUCGAUCUUCUUGUUUGACAAACUCAGAUAAGAAAUUAGACUAUUUUAGUAUAUUAGUUUUUUGGUGUUCGGAGAAUUGACUGAAAUAAGAAAUUGAAAUUUGUAGUAAAAAAUUAGAUUUUUUUUUUUUUUUUUUUGACAAAUCUAGGCGAAAAGCUUUUAGGAAA